AUGGAGUCCAGCGUGCCCGAUAGCGGUGCUUCGCCUCGCACUUUUGCAAUUCAGCAUCAAAGGCCUAGGACCAGCUUUGUAGGCUGCUCGCGAAUUACCGAUUACGAUCUUCUCGGCAAGCUUGGCGAGGGCACAUUUGGUGAAGUGCAUCGCGCAAAAUCGAAGAAGACUGGCGCUCAAGUCGCUCUCAAGAAGAUCAUUAUGCACCACGAGAAGGAUGGGUUCCCUAUUACGGCACUGCGAGAAAUCAAGCUUCUCAAGCUGUUGUCACACAAGAAUAUCUUGCAGCUAGUGGACAUGGCCGUCGAGCAUCCUCAAAGAGCCAGUAAGUCGCUGCUCAGUCAUUCGUCUCGACACCAGCAAUUCCUGACCCGAAUUGUUACAGGCGACAAGCGCAAGAGGCCAAUCAUGUACAUGGCCACACCCUAUAUGGACCAUGACCUGUCUGGUCUCCUCGACAACCCAUCCGUUCACUUUACUGAGCCCCAGAUCAAGUGCUACCUGUUGCAGCUUCUGGAAGGAUUGCGAUACCUGCACGACAACCACAUCUUACAUCGAGACAUGAAAGCCGCCAACCUUCUUAUCAACAAUAAGGGCAUCCUCCAGAUUGCUGAUUUCGGUCUUGCCCGUCACUACGAAGGGCCCACACCCAAGUUAGGACAUGGCGCUGGCGAAGGAAAGAGAGAAUAUACCGGCCUCGUCGUCACUAGGUGGUACAGACCCCCAGAGUUGUUACUUCACUUAAAAAAGUAUACAACCGCAAUCGAUGUCUGGGGCGUUGGCUGUGUCUUUGGUGAGAUGCUGAUAGGUAAGCCCAUAUUGGCUGGCGACAGCGACAGCCAUCAACUCGAAAUCAUCUGGGAUCUGAUGGGGUCGCCUACUCCUGAGAACAUGCCCUUAUUCAACACUCUCCCUGGCGCUGAAGCAGUUUCGCCACGUUCCCGACCCGGCAGCAUCUCCACCAAGUUCAGAGAAUACGGUUCAGGUGCCAUUUCCCUUCUCAAAGAGCUGCUCAAACUCGAUUGGCGCACUCGCACCAACGCUGCAGAUGCCCUCAACCAUCCCUACUUCAAGAUGGCUCCAUUGCCGGCCAAUCCAGGCGACCUCCCCAGCUUUGAGGACAGCCACGAAUUGGAUAGGCGCAAGUUCCAUGAUCGCAAGGCCGCUCUUCCACCAGCACCCAAGGGCGGAACAGUAGGCAUAGGGCCGGACGCCCAUGGGGCAAAUGCUGGAUUUAACAAUGCAGAUGCCUACAGUAAUCGCAACGGUGUGAAUGGAAACCGCCACCCCAACGCUCCUCCGGCCCACCGAAACGGUGAAGAGCGACGGCCUGCUUGGCAGCGAGAACGUGGUUUGCCGCCCAGACCACCACCCCCUGAGUACGCCAACGGCGGUCCAAUGGACCGUGACGGUUACCGUGACAGAGAUCGAGAUAGACGACCUAGAAGUCGAGGAGGGAGAGGGCCGGAUGUUGAUACAUACAUUCCGAGCUACGGCAGGGAUGAUGGUGCAAGACACAGGGAUGACCGGCCUCCGCGUGACCGUCGACGCAAUAGCAGAGAUGAACGAUGGCACGACCGUGACUGGGACCGUCGAACCCGAAGCCGCAGCCGGUCCCCCAUCAGAGAACGGGAGCGUGAUCGGGACAUGUACCGUAGAUAG